GCGACGGCAGGAGGGCCUUCCCGGGCGCGCCACCAUGUCCAUGCUGCCCACUUUUGGCUUCACCCAGGAGCAAGUGGCCUGCGUGUGCGAGGUGCUCCAGCAAGGGGGUAACAUCGAGAGGCUGGGCCGCUUCCUCUGGUCGCUGCCGGCUUGCGAGCACCUCCACAAGAACGAGAGCGUCCUGAAGGCCAAGGCCGUGGUGGCUUUCCACCGAGGCAACUUCCGCGAGCUCUACAAGAUCCUGGAGAGCCACCAGUUCUCGGCGCACAACCACCCCAAGCUGCAGCAGCUGUGGCUCAAGGCGCACUACAUCGAGGCCGAGAAGCUGCGGGGGCGACCCCUAGGGGCAGUCGGCAAGUACCGGGUCCGCCGCAAGUUCCCCUUGCCCCGCUCGAUCUGGGAUGGCGAGGAGACCAGCUACUGCUUCAAGGAGAAGAGCCGGAGCGUCCUGCGGGAAUGGUACGCCCACAACCCUUAUCCGUCCCCCAGGGAGAAGCGGGAACUGGCCGAGGCCACCGGGCUCACCACCACCCAAGUCAGCAACUGGUUCAAAAACCGGAGGCAGCGGGACCGGGCGGCGGAGGCCAAAGAAAGGGAAAACAAUGAAAAUUCCAGUUCCAAUGGCCACAAUCCACUUUCCUCCUCUCUCAACGGCAAUAAGACAGUUUUGGGCAGCUCCGAAGAUGAGAAAACACCUUCCGGCACCCCGGAUCAUUCCUCCUCCAGCCCUACUUUACUUCUCAAUUCAAACCCAGGCUUACAGCCUCUCCACAGCUUGGGCCAUCCUCAGGGUCCUAGUGCCAUUCCAGUUCCCAGCGUGGACCCUCUGCACCAUCACAGUUUGCAAGACUCCAUCCUCAACUCCAUGUCUUCAAAUCUGGUCGAUCUCGGCUCUUAAAAAUAUUUGCUGAACCUACCAUGCUCUCUGAACCCAGCCUCUCUCCAUCUGGGUUGUCCUCCUCCUCUUCUUUCAUUCCCUCCCCCCACCCCCACCCCCCACUUAAUUCCUCUGCUCCACAAACCAAGGAUCUGAAACCUUGGAAGGAUCUAUAAAAUAGAUCUGUUAUUUCCCUUUGGAUCAAUUGCCGAGCAGCUGACUGUUACCUUAUCUGGAGCAUAGUGUAAAUUCAGAAACAUUGUAAGCUGCCCAGUGACUUAAAUCUUAAGAGGAUGUGGAGAAACUGACUGCAGAAAAGUGGAGGACGAACAUUACUGUAGGAUGGAGGAAGGGAGGGGGUGGCGGUUGGUGUAAAAGCUGUUCUUUUGACAGAGUGUACGGAGGGGGGGGGGACCCGACACACAGUUGGAUUUCAACUUCUUAACAUGCUUCUGUAAAUGUGCCUCAACCUGAUCUGCAGGGAUCAAUUCACGAAGCUGCUGAGAACUGAAGAGCUGAAGCCAAAGCUCCAUCAAUUUCAGCAGGAUAUUGGGAAGCAAUACUUCUCCCCUGUGGUUGCUCCCACCACCAACUGGCACCCCACGGUAUCCUCCUCCUAAAUCUGGAGGCUUUAGUUACUGGGCAACAGGGAUAGUUUUAUCUGCCGUGAAUUUGUCAAACCUUAAAACCCAUUUUUAUUUUUUCUUGCUUGUGGCAGCAAUCACUUGCCCAUGUAAUUGCAGAAAUGCUAAUGAAAGACUCUUGUCCAAGGCAGACCUGGCUCUUCAGAUUUUUGCUUCUUCCCAGCCAGGCUGAGUACAGGCUGCUUGGAUUACUAACCCAGUGACGUCUGGAGGGAAGCCACGGAGAGGCCACACUAUUUUUAUCAGACGCAGAGGCUGCUUGAAAAGUUGAUGGUUCUGUCAGCCUUAUAUUGUACUGCAGUUGGAAGUAAGGAAGCCAUUGGGACUGUUUUGCAAAAGAAUGGGAUUAUAUGACUAUUUCUGGGAUCAGAGUAAUAGGGCAACAUUUUGUUUUCACCCCAGAGCCAAUCUGUUUCCUUUUUGGAGAAUUCAUGUAGCUUGUGGACAGCAGUCUAUGAAAUCCCUUUUCUUGUAGGGCAGAAUCAAAGGGCCCGGUAGAAAACAAGGAAAAGUAUAGCAUGGUGCAGUGGUUAGAGUAGAGAACUAAGACAAAGAGAGUCGAGUUCAGAUCCUCACUCAGGCAUGAAGCGCACUGGAUAACUUUGGGCCAGUCAAACACACAGCCAGGCUACCUCACAAGGUUGUUGUGAGGAUAACAUUGGAGGGGGAGUAUCUUAUAUUCUCCUUUUAAGUGUUUGUGGGGGAGGGGAAUGAGAUAUAAAGGAAAGAAACAGAGAAGCCACACCUCUUAACUUAUUUGAAGAGAAAAAAAAAGAUUUGUGACCAUUGUACUAUAUGCCAAUGCUAGCUAUUCAAAUGCUGUAAUAGCCACCAGUUUGUAAAAAGUUCCUGCUUCUAAGCAUGACCGCCUCCAGAUAAUACUCCCCUCCCUUGUAAGCUGAUGCUAUGCAAAGCACAUGAACCUUGAUUGAAGGGAAGAGGGAAAUGGGCUUCUUUUGCCUUGUAUAUUUCCCUAUCGCUACCCACCCAUCUACCCAAACAUUUAGGUGGGGAAGAGAAGGCAACAUCCACAAAUCACUCAAGCCAGAUAUCUUGCCUCUACCUGAUCCAGUAGCUCCAAAGGUGAACCUGGGUGAGCUGCUUGACACUGCAAACAUCCGCCUCAGUUCUUUCAUCUGCAAAAUGGGAACAAGGGUGAGUUUCCCCAGAAGGUUCCUGUUGAGGCACUGGACAGCGUUUUGCACAUUUAACUUUGAGAGAGCCUCUAUCACUCGUUAUUAUUUUUAAUACUAUUAAUUGUGUUUCCCCUUGAAGCCUGUGGGGCCAACCUACUUCAAGGUGCUUCAUUAUACAGUCUUAGGCGAGCCCUGGAUUUCCUCCUAGGUCUAUCCCACGCAGACCCCAGGACAUCCCUUCAAACCAAGCAAGGCGAACAGCGAGCCUGAUGACAGCCGUCUUUCUCCGGGGCUCUAGAAGCCGCCGCCGCCGCCGCCGCCGCCGCCCUCAACCCCCAAAUGCAAAGACGGUUCCCUAGCCUGCUAGGCUCCCUCCAAUUUUGUGUAUUGUUUCUAAUCCUGUGAAAACCGCCUUUGGAAAGAUAUUUCUGCUUCUAUUUUAUAAUAAAAGCGAGACAUCCAGACUAGCGAUGCAAGAAGUGAGAAGAGCUUCUGCGUUCUGAGUUCAGGUUUUCUCAGUGCUUUUAAAACAAGCCAAUAACCGAGAGCCAAUCGCGUCGGGUAGCACAGCCGGGCAGGGCUCUGGGGAAAAAUGGUCGCAAGAAGCGGCGAAACACAAGAGCCAGAAGCUGUGCGCAGGGUGUGGCAAAAUCGCCCGCGUUUCCGCACCUCAAAAU